CCUAUGGAUAUGGAUAAAAUAUAAAAGGAAGAUGGCGAUUUCGCUGCUGUCGGGAUUGUGGCUCUUGUCUGCAGUUAAUACCAGUUUAAAUUCUUAUUGACUAUUGUGAUUUAAAUAAGUUGUAAUUUUAGUGAUCAAGUGAGAUUUGCUUAAAACAAAGUUAAAAUCUGAUUUUUCGGAACAUAAUUACAAUGGAUGUAAAUAACAUCGCAGAAAUAAAAGAUGGCGAUCUUGCCCGACCACUUUUAGUGGUAGAAGCGCCACCUAUAGUUGAGGCAUCGAAACCAAAGCAUGAAACUAAUUUCAAAAAGAAGAGAAGGCGCGGGAAAACUAAACGCAAAAUUAUGAAACCGUUUUCAAAAGUUCCUUGGCAAGAACGUAGGAAGAACGAUCAAUCUAAAAGAAACAAUAGAUUUCGUAAAAUCGUUUUGUCUAAAACUCAGGCACCAUUUAACAACAAUCAGUUUCUAAUGGAAAUUCAUAAACCGGAGCCAGAAAAUAAUUUCCAUAAUUUAAGAACGCCUUCAGCGCGUACUCGCGAUUCUAGCUUCAGUGUUGAUUCCGAAGAUAAUUAUUUCUAUUCCUUACCUGAAGAUGAAGAAGAAUAUUUGACUAAAGAAUUCUCAAGCGUGUACGAAGACGCACAAAGUGAACGUUUAAAUAACAUGUCCAAAACUGAGUUGAUCGAAGAAUACCUUGUUCUACAAACUAAGUAUGAUAACCUUGUUAAAAGAACCGAGCGUUAUAAAUUAAAGGAGUCGGAAUCGGAUAAUGCCACUAUCAUAAUGGACAAAGAUUCUUCUAACACCGAUAGAGAAAGCAUGCUGACUGAUCAAGACACCUCUGAGACCUCUGCAUCUUGUUCUACCGAUGAGCCUUCUAUGGUGGAGCUGAUGCAACGUCUUAAAGAGCAAGACGAACAAAUUCGCGAUCUCCAAGUUGUGAAUGAUAGGUUGAAGUUGGAAAAUGAUCAUUUGACUCAUCAGUUACAGGUCAUUACCACAAGUGAAGAUUCGGAAAGCGACAGUUCCUCCAGUUCCGACAGCGCAAGCAAUUCCAGCCGAUGUGAUACCCCUGGCACUGAUCCUCCAUCUACAAAUGAAGUUGUUACUAAUGGAAAUCAACUUGAAACAAAUGGCAUACAUGAGAACACUGAAGACUUGCAAUCAAGCUCUCCGGUUCUUAAUGGUUAUCACAACCCCAGUGAAUAGGGUGGAGAAUGUUUGCUUACAAUAAGGGAUAAUACCUGAUGGGCCGAUCGGUCCACCAACCAAUCGAGACAAUGGGAUUUUUCCUAUUGGGCCAAUUAAAUCCAUACAAAGAAUCUAAAAAAAAACAGGUUUGAGUGAUUGAUGGGACAAUCAGCCCAAAAGGUAACCAUAAUAAAUCACUAAGAUUUAGGUCUGCGAUUGGAAGAACAUGGAGCAUAAUAUAGGUGUUUAUUUGCUUGCCUGAAAUAUUUAGUGACUUGUUAUUGUACAAAUUUUGGAUAGUUUUUUACUGUAAUAAUGUAAUUGUGAGAUCUCAUUUAUUAGGUUUAGUUGUUUUCCUGUGAUGUCCUUUUGGAUAUUUUGUCAGUAGUAAUAUUAAAUUAUUCUAAAAUUGUGUAUAUAUUCCAAGGAUAGAUCUCACUUUUAUAUUUGUACAGUUGUAUGUAUUAAUAUUACCCAUUAAGUUAAUAUAUUUUAGUUUGUUAAGUCAUUAAAUGUGGUUAUUGUUUGUUGUUGCUAUAUUUUAAUUCUUAUUGUAAAACCAAAUUGUAUAUGAUAAUUAAUUUUAAAAUUUCACCUGGAUUUUAAGACAACUUAGGUUAAAAAUGUGUUGAAAUCAGCUACAUCUUUUCUAUCCGAUUAAGAAUUUGUUGACAAUAUUUUCAUCAAUAUAGCAGGAACAAAAUUAAAAUACAUACAUGGACCUUCCAUUUUAGCUAAAAAAAAGUUGUUGAUGUAUGAUAACAUAUAUUUAAAGUUAUAAAUGGUUAGCAACUGUAAGAAAGCUUAUUAGAUGCAUUUAAAACUUUAAUAAUUCCAUGAAUAAUGUCAUCACAUUUAUAUGCAUAAUGAUUUUCUUAAAGAUAAAACAUCACAUAAAAGU